UUUUUUUCUCUCUCUCUAUUGAACAAGAAAAAGUGGGUAUUCUUUUCAUUUUUCAUUUUUCUUUUUAAAUUUUCUUGUAUUUUCCAUUUCCUUCACAUAUAAAGCCGCCACUCCUCUGCUCUUCCAUCAAUUCAUUCAUCCAUUGUCUCCCAAACAUACAAUACAAUACAAAUCUGAUUUCUUCCAUCAUCUUCUAAGUUUAACAUAUCUCAACAAGCAACUAUUCUAACAUGAAUUGCGCUCAAGCACACUCCAAAAACCUUCAAAAGGGCGGAAAGAAGGAGAUGAAGUACGUUUUGGUCACCGGAGGAGUUGUUAGCGGACUGGGGAAAGGCGUCACUGCUAGCAGUAUCGGCCUUCUUCUUCAAGCCUGCGAUCUUCGCGUUACUUCCAUUAAAAUUGAUCCGUAUCUGAACACAGAUGCAGGAACUAUGUCCCCUUUCGAACAUGGAGAAGUCUUUGUUUUAGACGAUGGAGGAGAGGUGGAUUUGGACCUAGGAAACUACGAGCGAUUUCUUGAUAUCAAGUUAACACGUGAUAAUAACAUCACAACAGGGAAGAUUUAUCAGUAUGUGAUUGAUAAAGAGAGGAAAGGAGAUUAUCUUGGAUCAACGGUUCAGGUUGUGCCACAUAUUACCGAUGCGAUUCAAGAUUGGAUCGAACGUGUGGCAGCGAUACCUGUUGAUGGGAAAGAUGGUUCGCCAGAUGUUUGUGUGAUUGAGUUGGGGGGUACUAUAGGGGAUAUCGAAUCCAUGCCGUUUAUUGAAGCUCUCGGACAAUUCUCUUAUCGUGUUGGUGCCGGGAAUUUUUGUUUAAUACAUGUGAGUCUUGUGCCGGUUUUAAAUGUUGUUGGUGAACCGAAAACAAAACCAACCCAACAUAGUGUUCGUAAGUUAAGGAGCUUGGGAUUAACACCGGACAUAUUAGCAUGUCGCAGCACAACGGAAUUGGAUGUGAGUUUGAAGGAAAAACUUUCAAGAUUUUGCCAUGUCCCGUUACAAAACAUAGUCAGUUUGUACGAUGUCCCCAAUAUUUGGCAUAUUCCUUUGCUCUUAAGAGACCAGAAGGUUCAUGAAUCAAUCCUGAAAACACUUAAUCUUCUAAGUGUGGUACGCAAACCGGUGUUAGGGGAAUGGACAGCCAUGGCUCAACGGUGUGACAUGUUACAAGAGCCAAUCAGAGUUGCCAUGGUUGGAAAGUACACCGGUCUUUCCGAUUCCUAUCUAUCUGUACUCAAGGCUUUAUUACACGCUUCGGUUGCUUGUAGAAGAAAGCUAGUAAUCAAUUGGGUUUCCGCUACUGAACUUGAAAAUUCAACCGCUUUAGAAAGUCCAGAUGUUUAUAAAGCUGCGUGGAACUCAUUGAAAGCCGCAGACGCUGUUGUUGUUCCAGGGGGUUUUGGCGAUAGGGGCGUUGAAGGGAAAAUAAUUGCAGCAAAAUACGCUCGUGAAAACAAAAUUCCAUAUCUUGGGAUUUGUUUAGGAAUGCAAAUUGCUGUGAUUGAGUAUGCGAGAUCUGUUCUUGGGUUACAAAAUGCAAAUAGCACUGAAUUUGAUCCUGAAACUAAAAACCCUUGUGUUAUAUUUAUGCCCGAGGGUUCAAAAACUCAUAUGGGUGGGACUAUGAGGCUUGGAUCUAGGAAGACGUAUUUUCAUGCCACAGAUUGCAAAUCAGCUCAACUAUAUGGAAAUCAGAGCUUCAUUAGUGAGAGACACAGGCAUCGAUAUGAAGUGAAUCCGGAUAUGGUGUCACAACUAGAAAAAAGUGGACUUAGUUUCACAGGGAAAGAUGAGACUGGUCAGAGAAUGCAGAUUGUUGAACUCGCGAGUCAUCCGUAUUUUGUGGGAGUUCAAUUCCAUCCGGAAUUCAAGUCUAGACCAAGGAAACCUUCGCCACUUUUCAUAGGACUUAUCGCAGCAGCUUGUGGGCAGUUGGAUGCCUUGUUGAAAAAGAACAUUGGCAUGAAGGUGAACAUCGGGUAUACUAAUAAUAACAAUAAUGCCAUUGGGAAGGGGGGUCUCGGGGUUAUCGCCACAUCAUCGAUAUGGUAACGUGAAGGUGAAUGUAAACGUGAAUGUAAACAAUGGUUUGCAUGUGUGAAAAAAGGAGUUUGUUGUUAUAAGAAUAUUAUAGCUUAGGACUCCUUUUGAGAAAAAAAAAAAAAAAAGAAACGAGGUUAUGGUUUUGUAUAGUAUGGAUCGAUGGAUGGAUGGAUGGAUGGAGCAGGCAUCCGGUGUUUUUUAAGUUCGGAAGAGCCUUGUGUUUUGUAGUGGAGAAGUUGUAAUGGUAGUUUAAAGAACCCUUCUACUCUAUAGUUUUCUAUAAGAAGCUCUUGGGCAUAUGCUUGUAGAAAAGAUCGAAUUUUAGAGUCUUGAUGAAUAGGUAAAGGGUUAGUGUCCGAGGAGCUUUGGAGUGUGCGGAUUUCAAUUUUAAAUUUCCAAGUAUGGAAU